GACCUAAUUUUCGAUCUGCAUCUAUUGCAAUUAUUAAAUAUAAUAUUUCAGAAUGAUGCGCUUUGGUCCAUUCAUCUUUUGAUAUAUCUAAUGACUACAAUUUUAUGUUGGAUAAAAUAUCCAAGGAAUGUAGUUUUUCGGUUUUUAACUUCGUUCAUAACCGUAUUUGGUUGGAUUUUUGUAAUUUUUAUAAUUUGGACGAUGAAUUAUUUGUCAAAAUCGACGAUCAAAUUGCAGUAUAACGAAGUUUUUUUUUUUUUCUUUUAUCAUAUUGAUUUAAGAAGUCAUUUUAUUUCCCUUGGCUUUAUUAUUAUUAAUACGAUUUUUGCGUUCCUAGCGUUCGUGCCUUUUUUCUAA